CGAACCUGCCCGCGCUGAGAGGCGCCGCGAUUCAAAGGCUCGACGCCACGCGGAGGCAGGCAGGCAGGCAGGCAUGGUGGAGAAGGACGAGGCUGAGCCCGGCCCGGGCGGCGGCGUCAUCAGCGAGGAGGAGGCGGCGCAGUAUGACCGCCAGAUCCGGCUCUGGGGGCUGGAAGCGCAGAAACGCCUCCGGGCAUCUCGGGUGCUGCUGGUAGGCAUGAAAGGCCUGGGAGCGGAAGUGGCGAAGAACCUCAUCCUGGCAGGCGUCAAAGCUCUGACCAUGCUUGACCAUCAGCAGGUAUCGCCAGAAGACACACGAGCGCAGUUCCUGAUCCCCGUGGGUUCGUUGGGCAAGAACAGGGCGGAGGCCUCGUUGGAGCGUGCGCAGGACCUCAAUCCCAUGGUGGAUGUGAAAGCGGACCCGGAGGACGUCGAGCAGAAGCCUGACGAGUUCUUCACUCGUUUCGAUGUGGUGUGCCUGACAUGCUGCUCCCGGGAGAUCCUGUUGAAGGUCGACCACAUUUGCCACAAGAACCGCAUCAAGUUCUUCAUGGGCGAUGUCUUUGGUUACCACGGCUACAUGUUUGCCAACCUGGGCGAGCAUGAAUUUGUGGAAGAGAAGGUGAAGCUCAGCAAAGCCAGCCAGGGAGUGGAGGACGGGCCUGACGCAAAGAAGGCCAAGCUGGAUUUCUCGGAGACCACCCUGGUGAAGAAGCGUGUGGCUUUCUGCCUCCUGAAAGAGGCCCUGGCGGUCAGCUGGAGCACUGAGAAGGCUAAGGCAGUCCUGAAGCGCACCACACCGGAUUACUUCCUGCUCCAAGUGCUCCUGAAAUUCCGGACCGAAAAGGGUCGCGAUCCCUCCCUGCAGAGCUACGCAGAGGAUGCAGAGCUGCUCCUGCAGAUGCGCACCGAUGUUCUGGCCUCUCUGGGAGUUGGGAGCGACCUGCUCCCUGAUGACUUCGUCAGCUGCUGCUUCUCAGAAAUGGCUCCUGUAUGUGCUGUGGUUGGAGGAGUGCUCAGCCAAGAGGCUGUCAAGGCCCUGUCUCAGCGAGAUCCUCCGCUCAACAAUUUCUUCUUCUUCGAUGGCAUGAAGGGCAACGGGGUCGUGGAGUGCCUGGCCCCCAGCUGAGCUUGAGUCUCUCGGGACGGCAGGCAUCCCACAGCCUUGGCAAACGUGGGCUACCUUGUGGAGGCUGAGCGGUCGACCCUCCCCUCUUCUCCCCACCUCCAAAUCAACUUGCGUUUGUGUGUUCCCUUAGCGCUCAAUAAAAUGAAUCCUCUUUUA